CGCCCACGGCCAGUCGGCCCUGGGCCUCUUCUGGGCCCAGUGUGGUGCACCGGGCGUUCUCCCGCUCGCCCCUCGUGGUCAUCACGACGGCGCAGAGGGAGAGUUGGAGCCCUGCCCUGCUCGCGACCGCGGCCUGCUUGAACCUGACGUUGGUGCGCGGCGAGAGGCUCGGGGAGGGCCGGGACGAGGGUAAGUACAACUCCCAGGGCAUCGACAAACUGUUCGCAUUCGGCCUGCCUGCCGCGCGCGUGGUGUACCUCGACGCUGACAUGGUCGUCCUGGGUGCUCUCGGGGGGCUCUUCCGCCCGAAGGGCAGGCGGCUGCUCGCCGUGGAGGACGCAAUGGUCGGUGACGGUUUCAACUCUGGGCUGUUGGCCAUGAGGCCAGAUCCGAAGAUCUACGAAAGGAUGACGUGGGAUUUCAAACGGAGACACCCGAAAGAGGGGGAAUAG